AUGGACUCGAUACGGCCGCCUUCGGAUCCUACGAACACGGCUCUACAGGCUGCUGCCUUCCAAGUGACACCCGCCAUCGAACUCCAACCGAUAUCCGCACCACGACCCGUUGGCGCUACAAAGACAUUCCAUCAUGACGAUAUCACACCCGCAGCUUCUGACCCGUUGGCGAACGAAUCUACCCAACCGCUCUCGGGAGGUCGCGCGCCUCCGAACCCUGUGCCGGACACCGCCAAGCUCCAGGUCUCGAAGGCCAAAGGCGUCACCGUGAUCGUCACACUCGCCGGCAUGAGCUUCCUCAACACAAUGGGCUCCGGCAUCCUGACAGCAGCCCUCCCUCGUAUCUCUCGUGACGUGGGCCUCCCAGAGGCGCUGAUCCUGUGGCCGGCAGCCGUCUACGCCCUGGCUGCCGGUUGCCUGCUGCUCAUUUUCGGGGCCGUUGCCGACGUGGUGGGGCCGAAGCGGAUGUGGGUCGCGGGCAGUUUCUUGUUCAUCGUCUUCACCGUUGCCGUCGGCCUCGCGCAGACGGGACUGCAGCUUAUCCUGUUCCGGACCAUGCUAGGCGUCGCCAUCUCCAUGUGCCUGCCGACGGCGGUCAGUCUCAUCACCAACACAUUCCCGCGCGGGACGUGGCGCAACGUCGCCUUCGCCAUGAACGGCAUGGGCCAGCCGCUGGGCUAUGCCCUAGGCCUCGUGCUGGGCGGCAUCUUCACGGACACGAUCGGCUGGCGCUGGGCCUACCACAUGAUGGCCGGCAUCAACCUCUGCCUGUCGCUGGCCUCGAUCUGGUCGCUGCCGGCGAUUCGUCAGGCGUCGGAGAAGAAGUGGACGCGACGCCUCGUCGAAGACAUUGAUUGGGUGGGCGCCCUCAUCAUGAGCGUCGCCCUCGGGCUCCUCCUCUACGUCCUGGCCAUGACGUCCUCCUCCUACAGGAUGCUCAGCGAUGCGCCCAACAUUGCGCUGCUUUCUAUAUCCGUCUUUCUGUUGGCGAGCUUCCCGGCCUGGAUGGCGUUUCAGACGCGGAAAGGCCGGCCGGCACUGAUUCCCAACCGGCUUUGGCGAAACGCGGCCUUUACCUCGGUUUGCCUGUCGGUAUUUUUCUGCUGGGCGGCCCUCAAUGGGAUCCAGUAUUUCACGACCCUCUACUUCCAAGAGGUACAAGGGACAUCCGCCAUGACGAGCUCACUGCAGUUCCUCCCGCACGUCGUUGCGGGCGUGCUCACCAACAUCGCCACGGCGUACCUCAUCUCGCGGGUCAAGGUGCAGACGCUAGCCGUCGUGUCAGGCAUCAUCACCGUCGCGGCGCCGGUCCUCAUGGCGACGGUACCCAUUGAUUCAUACUACUGGCACGCGCCUUUCUGGGCCAUGGUGCUUUCCCCGAUUAAUCCAGAUGUCUUUUUCACUGUGUCGAAUCUCGUCAUCUCGGAUGCCUUCCCGGCAGAUCUCCAGUCGCUGGCGGGGGGCGUAUUCAACGAGGUCGCCCAGUUUGGCAAUUCAGUCGGGCUCGCGGCUACGGCGGCCAUUGCAGCAUCAGUAUCUGAGCACUCGGGGAUCGAGAACCGGGAAGAACGGCUGAUGACAGGAUAUCGCGCGGCGUUCUGGACCAUGUUUGCGGGCACGGUUGCCGUUGUGAUCAUUGUCAUAUUGGGGCUGAGAAAGGGGGGCACUGUCGGCAAGAAAGACGUGUAA